GGUAGGGCUCUGUCACUCACACACUCUGGGCCUCGGAGUUUUGGCCAACACUUAUCUCCUCUCUUUCCCUCCACCCCCACCCCCACCCCAACCUCCCUUAAUCUCUCUGCUUAUACACUUUUCUUUGUACUACUCCUUUCCUCAAUCCACUUUUUUUCCUCAUCAUGAAGUUUCUUGAAAUCGAUUCCCUCGACGUACUAAAUACAGCCUUUCGGUGGGAAACCCCGGAAGCAAUAUUGACUGGACGUAUAGAAGCUUAUUCUUGUAAAUCGGCCGGUUCGGAUAAAAAGCUAUUCAAACAACUUGAAAGUAAAUACAGUGUGGACCUGACUAUUGGUUCAAUAUCGCCCGAUGAUCCGAUGCAACACCUCAUUUCACCGUUUGGAAGACUGGACGAAACUACUCCGCGCAAAACCUUUUUUUACCUACUGGCCACUCUUAAUGCUUCUUUCCCAGAACAUGACUUUAGCGAUGUGCGACCGGACCAGUUCAACAAGCAGCCGUCCGUGGAACUAGUGAUCAACUCCGUUAAUACCACUCUAUUUAAUUUGGGAAACGAUGUGAUUGUGAAUCGAUACAGAAUGUGGGAUAUCCUUGACGAGUUGGUGGAAUUAAACGACUGUGACGUUUACAGUUACAAUCCGGACAGCGAUGAUGAUCCGAUGAAUGAAGAAGAUGGAUUUUUAUGGUCCAUGAACUAUUUCUUCUUUAAUCGGAAACUGAAACGAAUGGUUUUUUUCUCCGUCAAAAGUCAAAGUAUGAAUGCACCAGGAGACGAUGAAGAUCUGGAUGGGUUUGAUUCCGAAGAUGAUGAUGAGGAUUUAACAAGUCGACGACCACAUCAUCACGAUGCAUUUAUUAUGGGUGAUAUGGAAGUUUAAUAUGUGAUGUAAAAAGUCAUUUGGAAAGAAAAAAAUAAUCCACGGGAAAGAAAGAGCAGCAGCACAAGAUCCUACAGACAGCGUGCCUGAAAAAGUGUUCCCGCCCUUUGAUAUUUUGAUUCACCCACGCCUCGCAUCAAAUAAGCUCAACUCCUUUUUUUUCGUAUCGUCUGAUACUUUAUAUACUUACUCAAUACAGUGUCAUUCUUCUUCUCUCUCUCUCUUCUAUUUUUUUUCCUUGUUUCUCGCACAGUACUCUUUGGGUGUUCCCUUUUUUCUUUUUCUUACCGCUCUCACUCACAUCUCUCUCUCACACUUUGAACCUUCUUAUUUCACUCUUUUUU